AUGGAAAGUGUUGGACACAGUUCUUUGUUGAAAUUCCUUGUGAGCGGGAGAGAUAUAAAAAUGUCGGAAGCUGCGUCAACAAAUAUUGAGUCUGAAGUACCAGGCGAACAGAAUAUACGAGGAACCAACGCUAAUAGUUCGGGAAUUGAAGCCUCAAAUUCAAGCGUAAAAGAUGAAAGCCGUAAUCAGCACGCUACCAAUAGAGAAAAUGAAACUGUAACCGAUGGGAAUAUGAGUGAAAUUGCAACGACCGACGAUUUUACUUUGGAUCCAGUUAUAACAGUUACGAAGCACGAGACGUCAUUCAGCAAAGGCGACUUGAAGCUUCAGAAAGUGGUUGUUACGGAAGACAUAUCGCACACAGUUACCAAUGAUCAAGAGUCUCAAGAAAACGUUGUUAAUCGUCGUCUUACUUACGAAAUGAAUACAAAGAUACCACGUCCGAAUGGCGAAACUAACGGUCACAGAAACGAUGAAAAAUCAGAACAUCCACCACUACAUACAGAAAAAGAAACAAUGGAAUUUAAAAGGACAAGAACCAGAAUACCGACAUCCAGGUUUAGGCAGGCGAUUGAUAAAGUUAAAAAGGAACGAAAAGAAAGGAUGGGCUCAGACAAAGAACAAGAUAUUCCUCGUAGCUCAAAUCGAAAAUCAUCAAUUCCAAGACUAAAAGGCAGUAAAUCCCCACCUCCUUUUUAUAACAAAGAAAUAAAUGCAAUUACAAAAGAAGAAGAUAUUCCUACUUCAAAGGCGGAUGAAGAAUUCGAUAAGAUCUUUCAAGAAAUGGGACAAACAGAAGAUACACCAUCCCUAGAAAGUACAAGUUAUAAAAUAGAAAAUGUCAAUGAUGUUGACAGCACCUUCGAAGAAAUUAUGCAUGCAUAUGAAGGAAAUAAAGUUCAGCCCUUAAGUAUAGAUAAAGUAAAACAAUCUAAAAUUCCACUAUUAAAACGAAAAAGUGUACACGAAAUUGAAGUGCCGCAGAACAGAGAAAGAGCUACACUCAAAAAGAGCAUUUCUAUUGAUACACCUAUAAGUCCCACUACACAUGAAGAAAAUAACACACAAGUGGGUGAACAAACAAAUGUUAAGUCAAAAGAAACAAUAAGAACUUACACACAGACGAAAACAACUACUGAAAGGUUUGUGUUACAAAAUCUAACCUCUCACACCAAUCACUAUAAAAUUACAAGAAAUUACGAUACCAAUACAGAUAAUAAUGUUAAUAACGACGAGGAUACCUUAGUAUUAGCAAAAACAACUGCGAUUACAAAUGAAAGUGAUUCGCAAUAUCAAGGGUCAGCAAAAGAUAAUAAUGUUAAUAAUGACGAGGAUACCUUAGUAUUAGCAAAGACGACUGCGAUUACAAAUGAAAGUGAUUCGCAAUAUCAAGGGUCAGCAAAAGAUAAUAAUGUUAAUAAUGACGAGGAUACCUUAGUAUUAGCAAAGACGACUGCGAUUACAAAUGAAAGUGAUUCGCACUAUCAAGGGUCAGCAAAAGAUAAUAAUGUUAAUAAUGACGAGGAUACCUUAGUAUUAGCAAAGACGACUGCGAUUACAAAUGAAAGUGAUUCGCACUAUCAAGGGUCAGCAAAAGAUAAUAAUGUUAAUAAUGACGAGGAUACCUUAGUAUUAGCAAAGACGACUGCGAUUACAAAUGAAAGUGAUUCGCACUAUCAAGGGUCAGCAAAAGAUAAGAAUGUUAAUAAUGACGAGGAAACCUUAGUAUUAGCAAAGACGACUGCGAUUACAAAUGAAAGUGAUUCGCACUAUCAGGGGUUAGCAAAAGAUAAUAAUGUUAAUAAUGACGAGGAUACCUUAGUAUUAGCAAAGACGACUGCGAUUACAAAUGAAAGUGAUUCGCACUAUCAAGGGUCAGCAAAAGAUAAAACUAAAGAAUCGGUUAAAGUCGCAGUUCCUGUGUUUGAUCUUUCAGCGACUUUGGAUAACAAUAUUGCAAAUAAAAUAAAACAAGGGACAAUAACUACAGUAAACGAAAGUAUACAAAACUUUGCACCCGAAACAACUGAACUGUCUGAAAGCCCAAAAGGGCACAUUAUAUUAAAAACAAAUGACAUAGAAGAACCAAAAAAGACUUACGACAUUAAACCUGUAGAAACAACACUCACAUCAGGUCAUGUGAAAGUCAAUAUAAAUGAAAAAGAAACAAAGACUCAUAACCAAAAUAUUGGAAACCAUAAAAUUGAAUCUGAACGCAAUGAACCAAAUGAGCCCUUCCCUAGAUCAAGAAUUCCGAAACCAGAACACAAAAGUUCACUGGGACUGCGAACAAAUCGGCAAACAAGUCAGGAACUUAGAAAGCCCGUAAUAGUGAAAGAAGUAUUAAAAGAUUCAACUGAAUCACGCGGUGCGGAAACUAUUGAUCAAAGUACAUCAAUAAAAUCUAAAUGCAUUGAGCAAGAAGGAAAUACAAAUGUUAAAUCUAGCGAUAGUUCUAGUUACAAGACACUGAACAAUGAUAUAUUAGGAAAUGGUAUUACAGCAAACGCUACACUAGAAAGAUAUAAUUACAAACCAGUAAAAGAUGUUGUUAAUAAUAUAGAAGGAGCUGCAAAAGGUUAUGUCGCAAGUCAUGCAUUAAAUAGCGAGGUAAAAAGAACUGAAACAUCAAUUGGAAAAGAAUCAGAUAAUUCUACUUUAAAUAAUUCUCAACGAGAAAUCAUAAAUAGUAACACUUUUGAUUUGAAAGACAAUUCUCAAUUUGAUAUGACACAAGCGAACAACAAUAUUAAAAAUGUUACAGACAUUUUGAACAACGACGCAUUAAAAAAUGUACGUAAUGAAUUUAACUCUAACCUUGAAUUAGAUAGCACUAUAACUACAUAUACAUAUGAAACUAAGAAAUUGAGUAAAAAAUCUGGCCAGAAAAUCACAAAAGAAAAUACUGGUUAUGAUUUUGAUUUCACACCCGUGGGGAAGGUUUUAAAUGAAAUAUUGAAUGAGCACAGUAAUACUACUGUAAAUAUAUUAAAAGAAAAAGGUAUAAGUUUUGAUGCCGGUGUAGAUCUUAGCUCUGUAAAUAAAGAUCAAUCAGAGAACAAAAUAGCAGCACAGCAAUAUAAUGAAGUGAUUACACAGAAAAUAAAAGAAAUAAAUAAAAUGGAGCACAAAAAGGAGGAAUUUAUUAGAAGAGAAGAAGGUGACAUAAAAAGAACUACGUCAGUCGCAGAACUUGAUUUGGGAAAUGUAAUCAAAGGGAAAGUCCAUGAAAUGAUCAAGAGAAUAAAAUCAAUAGAGAGAAUAGAACAUGGAAAAAGACAGAUUAUUAUUAGUGAAACAGAACUACCGAGGAAGAGUUCAGUAUCGGAGAAGAUUGCUUUGUUUGAGGGUAAGCUGUCGCCAGCUAGAACGGAGAAGACCACCGAUCUGCCAAAGAAGGUGUACAAGACAGAUGUCGUCAACAGUCAAAUGGACGAGGAUACGUACAGAAAAAAGAUCGCUGAACUGGUCAACGCUAAAACAAACUACGUAGCAAUAGACACAAUGUAUCAAGAACUGCGCGACGGUUCACGGAUGCCAGUAAUCGCUUUAGGGACUGCACUAUUGGACAAACGUUUGGUCAAACACGUCGUGGAAGCGGCUAUCGACUUGGGUUACCGCGCGUUCGACACCGCCUACAUUUAUGGAAACGAGCGGGAGAUCGGAGAAGCGAUUAAAGAAAAGAUCGAGGAUGGGACUGUGAAACGAGACGACCUCUUCAUCAUUUCCAAGUUGUGGAGCACCUUCCACCGGCGUGACUUGGUGGAGAAGGCAUGCAGAACCUCACUGCAGCUCAUGGGCCUGGCCUACUUCGACCUCUUCCUCAUACACAAUCCUAUGUCUCUCAAGGAAGGCAACGACCCCAUUCCUAAAAUCGCAAACGUUCUUCAAUUCUCCGAGCACGACUACAUGGACGCCUGGUACGGCAUCGAGGACCUGAUCAACAAGGGUCUGGUAAGGAGGGGCGGUGUCAGCAACUUCAACUCGGAGCAGGUGCAUCGGGUGAUGGAGAAGGGACAGUUGAAGCCGGUUGUCAAUCAGGUGGAAUGUCAUCCAUACCUAAGCCAAGAUAGACUUGCAGGCUUCUGCGACGCGUACGGGAUCAAGCUCAACUGCUUCGGUGUGUUGGGCUCCAAAGGUACGCCUGCAGAGAUGAAGAGCGUUCUAUCUCCUGUCAUUGAUGAUCCCCUGAUACUGGUUAUGGCUGCCGGGCUUGGUAUCACACCAGCUCAGCUCUUAGUGGCGUACCAGCUGCACCAGGGACGUAGCGUGGUGGUGAAGUGCUCCAGCGCGGCGCACCUGCAUGAGAGCCUGGCCGCGCAGCGCGUGCAGCUCGACACCACCCACAUCAUCGCACUGAACGCACUCAACAGGAACAAGCGGACCUUCACCUUCAAGGGGUAA